CUAGACGGCCCAGACCCAAUAAUCUCUCGACGGAGGAUCAAGAUCUGCUGCUAAUAUCUCCAAUAACAUCAAAGUACGGGGGAUUCUGAUCUUUGUUACUGUCACCUUAGAAAUCAGAAUUGCUUCUCCGGCAAGCGCCCAGCGGAAUCCAGCACCACCGCCGGCCCCCGCUGCUCGUACCCCUUCCAACUCUGCGCUCACAUUUCCUGCGAAGUUCGAACACCUGCCGGCUGCUCCGAUUUAAAGUUCUAAACACUGCGAUCCGCCCACCGCCGACCUGUCAGCAAAUCGUCGAGGUCGGAGCCCGGAGAUAGUAAGAAGUUGGAAGGUAGAGAACAAUAUUGUAUUCAAGCAAAAUGGUAUAUCACUCUAGUUUUGUUGAUGAGGAAGGAGUUUCUAAAGCUUGUGGGUGCCCUUUACUGCCACUUAAAAGCCACAUAAAGGGACCUGCUCCAGUUUCAGAACAAGAUAGCACGGAUAUAAUUGAUGAAGCAAUCACAUUCUUUAGAGCGAAUGUCUUCUUAAAAAACUUUGAUAUUCAAAGUUCAGCAGAUAAACUCCUUAUCUAUUUGACAUUAUAUAUAAAUGUGGCAUUGAAGAGGCUUGAAGGCUGCAGGACUUUAGCCGAAGGAACUAAGGCUAUAAUAAACUUAGGACUUGAAAAGGUUCCUGUACCUGGGGAGGCCGGUUUUCCCUUCCCUGGGUUAUUCAGUGCACCGCAAUCUCAAAAAGAAGCAAAGCUAUUUAGAGAAUACCUGAAGCAAAUAAGGGAGGAGACAAGCGGGAGAUUACUCAGUGUUGCAUAUCGGGCUAAUGGGACUCCGAACAAAUGGUGGUUAGCCUUCGCAAAGAGAAAGUUCAUGAACAUAAUUGCUACUUGAAGCCGCCUAGUCUUGUAAAAGAGAUGCAGAGAAGAUUAUAUCUACUUCUCUUGACAGUCAUUGGUUCAUCCCCUACAACGGCCAUUUGUCGAAUGAGCAAUUGUUGAUAAAAUGACUGCUUGUCAAGUUACAAAGGCAAAAGAAUAUCCUUUUUAAACACUUAAACUUACUACUCUAUACAUUUUAUAAAUUGUUGUUUAAAUAUCACAUGUAGAUAGUUGAACCGAAGAUAUACCCAUGGCUGAAAACUCCAUUUUAUGAUUGACUGCCCCUUUCCAUUAUAUUCAGCUACAAAGAUUGAUGAACAGAUGCAAUGAUUCAAUACCAGUCUUCUUUGUAA